UUAGGCAAUGAGAAGGACUGGAUUCUCUUGCCGGGAUACUCUGAUCAAAUUCUUCAGUUUCUUGCCACGGUAGGCAACCAGGCACUUGUGAGGCAUGUAGAUAGCAUAGAUCGUCGGUUUAACCUCAUCAAAGAUCUACCCAUCCAACGUUGUCCAUCGGUGUACACUUCGCCACAGCACAGAUUCAGCAUCGAACUUCCUGAAUUCCAACAAGCAUCUGUCCGCGUCUUUGUGUCCUCCACCUUCCGAGAUAUGAGCGGCGAGCGUGACCUCAUCUCGGGUCUAGUCUUUCCAGCUCUCAGGAAGCAGCUCUCAAAACUCGACUUUCCUGUCCACCUGAAUGAGAUUGAUCUGCGCUGGGGGGAGCUGGUGCGUGCCCUGCCAAAGAAGCUGUGCAAACAAGCCCUCAGAGUUUACAAACCUGGCAUGUCCAUCACAGAGUUAGAGGCCUCCCUCUUUCUCGAUGUGAAUUACCAGAACGAAAAGCGUCUGAUCUGCUGCCUUCGGGACCCAAAAUGUUUGGAGUACGUUUGA